AUGGUCAAGAAGCGGGCGAACAACGGUCGUAACAAGAACGGCCGCGGCCACGUUAACCCCGUGCGUUGCUCCAACUGCGCUCGCUGCGUUCCCAAGGACAAGGCCAUCAAGCGUUUCACCAUCCGCAACAUGGUCGAGUCCGCCGCCAUCCGUGAUAUCUCCGAGGCCUCCGUCUUCGCUGAGUACUCCGUCCCCAAGAUGUACCUCAAGCUGCAGUACUGUGUCUCCUGCGCUAUCCACGGCAAGAUCGUUCGUGUCCGUUCCCGCGAAGGCCGCCGCAACCGUGCUCCCCCUCCCCGCAUCCGCUACAACAAGGACGGCAAGAAGCUGCAACCCACCCAGGCCGCUAAGGCUCUGUAA